UUCCCUAAGCGGCUGCUGUUGCUGCUGCUUCUCCUUUCCUUGUUCCUUGAUUUUCUCAUCCACAACAUAGAUGGAAAAGAAAUGUGUUAUUCAACAAGGUACCAUCAUCAUCAUCAUCAUCAUAGAGCUUUUCUCUUUUCUAGGGUUUUGCCAUGGUUGGGGAGUAGAUGGGCACCUCAUUAUUUGCCAAAUAGCACAGGCGCAUUUGAAUAAUGCUGCAGCAGAUGCUGUGAGGGAUCUUCUCCCUGCGUACGCCGAGAACGAUCUAAGCAGCCUCUGUUCGUGGGCAGAUCACGUAAAGUUCCGAUACCCGUGGUCGUCGGCACUGCACUACAUCAACACACCUGAUGAUCUCUGCACCUACAGCUAUGACAGAGACUGCAAGGAUGACAGUGGAGAGGCAGGCAGGUGUGUUUCAGGAGCCAUCAAGAAUUACACCAGUCAGCUUCUGACCUAUGGAAAAUCUGCCACUCAAAACCAAUAUAAUCUUACAGAAGCACUUCUCUUCCUUUCUCAUUUCAUAGGGGACGUACACCAGCCACUACAUGUAGGCUUUACCUCUGAUGAGGGGGGGAACACAAUUGAUGUGCACUGGUACAGUAGAAAAACAGUUCUCCACCAUGUGUGGGAUGAUAACAUAAUUGAGACAGCAGAAGAGCAAUUUUAUGACUCCAAUGUUGCAGAAUUUGUUGAUGCCAUUAACCAGAACAUAACAGGGAAGUGGUCAAAUCAAGUUAAGGAAUGGGAGGAUUGCAGUGACAAUAAAACCACAUGCCCAGAUAAGUGUGCAUCUGAAAGUAUCACUGCAGCUUGUGACUGGGCAUACAAGGAUGUGACAGAAGGUUCAGUGUUGAAAGAUGAAUAUUUCCUGAGCAGAUUACCUGCUGUGAACUUGAGGCUUGGUCAAGCUGCAGUUCGAUUAGCUGCAACCCUAAACCGCGUUUUCCGACAAAGCUGAGAUUAAUCGUGCUUUUCGCUUGUGUUUAGUUGCAAAAUAAAUUUUAAACCUCUUUCAAAAGUUUAGAUAUUUUCCUUGCGUCGCAUAAUGUGUCGAUGUUCGUGAUCACUUAU